AUGGAAACUCAUCGUCACAAUAGUCUUGUUCACAAGCAAAUUAAAGAAAUUCGUUUAGAAGAAAUUGUUACAAUGAAUAUAAGUGCUAUCUAUUCGAAUGAUAAUUGCGAACUUACACCUCCGAUGGAAAAGAAAGAAAAACAACACGAAUAUCCUCGUCGUCGUCGUCAACAACCUCAACAAUACAUCGAGUACGGUCACACUCGUUUUGAAUGGAUUCAGCUUAUCGCAACCCUUACUGUCCCAAUUGCUAUCGCUAUAUUUACGAUUCUUGAUAGUGUCCAACAAAUGAAUCAAAGUAAAAAUCAAUUUAAUGUACAAUUACGUAUUGCCGCGGAGAAUCGCGAAACAGACCUACACAUUGCAUCAGAAAAUCGUCAAAAGGAUUUGGAUAUUGCAUCUGAAAAUCGAUGGAAAGAUUACAAAAUAGCCGAAGAAACUCGCCUUAAAGAUCGAGAAGUUGCCGACGAUGAACAAAAACACAGUAUGCUCAUUGAUCAUCAAACGUUUUUAAGUAAACUUAUUUUGAAAGAAGGUGUUCAUUUAAACAAUACUAAUUAUGAAGCAGCACGUUUUGUUGCACGUUUCAAAACAUUAAUUGCAUUUCGCCAGUUGGAUCCAAAACGUAAAACUCUCUUGUUUAAAUCAUUGUACGUCGGAAAACUGGCUGGUCGUCUCGAUGAAGAUAUGGCCAUUGAUUUAUCAUCAGCUGAUCUAAGUAACAUUGAUUUCGCUUCACCACGUGAUCACAUAGCAUUGACACCUCCAUCUUCACAUCCAUACUAUUCUGUGAACUUUAGUGAUACAAAUCUGAAGAAUGCAUCAUUUAAUUCUGUCUCAUUUUUCAACGUCAGUUUUGUGGAAGCAAUGAUGGAUGAUGUCAUCAUGUUGUCUACUCUUACAGCAUUGAUCUCACUCAGAGGUGCAUCUCUCUUACGUGCCAAAUUUCUCUAUUCUCAUUACAUAAAUAUUAACUUCGCGACUGCCAAGUUAGAUGGUUCAUUCUUUGAACAGUUUGAAUGUGAUCAGUGUUCGUUCAACUUCAGUUCGUUGAUUGGUAUUCGUAUACAGAAUUCAAAGUUUGUUAAUUCAACAUUUACUGAUACAAAAAUAGAUCAUUCUUUUAUCACCGAAACUGAAUUCGGUAGUAAUGUUAAUAUGAGAAAUGUAUCAUUGACAAACUCAAAAAUCCAUAACUGUACGUUUAUAGGUGUUGAUAUGAGACAAUGUGAAAUGCAUGGAAGUUCAUUAAUCAAUUCAAAGUUUAUAAAAGUGAACUUCGACGAGUGCAAAGGACUGACUGAUGAACAAUUAAGACAGGCAGCCAUCGUAUCUGAAUCAAUAUUACCGAAUGGAACAGUUUAUUCAAGCAAUUAG